AUGAGCAAAGAAAAUGAGCAGAAUAGUCCGCAAUUUCUAUCAUUAUGGCAGAAUUCGGAAAAUUUUGCAAAAUUGGAAUCACAUGCCGUCAAUAGAGGAUUGGUGGCAGCGGCGAGAGAUGCCUCAACAGAUCCAUCAAAUCGUUCAACACUAUGGCAGAAUCUAUCUUCAAUGUCUUCAGCUGAUCAAGCUCAUUUGAUGAGUCGCCUCUCAUCAACAUGGCCAUUUCGAGAUGAGCGAAGAGCAUUAACAUGGCCAGUUCACGCUGGUUUAGUAGCUAAUUGUGUCACUUCUUCACUUAUUGCCACUCGGAUCAACUCUGAAAUGUUCCUUUAUGAUGCGAAAGCUAAAUUCUUUGAAUCAAUCCGAAAGUGUCCGAAAUCUCCAUUUGUAUUUGGAGUUUAUUCCUCUGGUGUUACAUAUUUCAUGCUUCAUCAGGUUCUUGUAACACCUAAAGUCUACAAUGAGCUUACACCAUGUCCAUCGUGUCUUGUCAUUAAUAGUAUUGCUAUUGGAUUAUUAACAGGAAUUGCUCUUCCGAUGCUUGCAACUCCAUAUUUGGCACAUUAUGUUCUGAUCAAUAGGGAAGCGAAUACAGGAGGAAGUUCUAGAGCAAUGCCAGUUGUCAAUAAUUUAUUAGAGUUCUUGACUCUAGGAUGGGAAGGCUCCAAACCCGCUCGUCCUGUAAUUGCCAUGUGUGCUGCCAUUCAAAUGAUCGUCAGUUUUGGUUCAAUGUACGCGAUGCUCUGGGGUCGUGAACGAAUGUUCAACACUCUUGAACUGGACUCCGAUUUGGCACGUCGUCUUGUUGCUGAAGCGCAAACAUCAUCCUCACUUAAGCAGAAGAUUCUCGAUUUUCUACGAAAGAUUCCGCUCGUCAACGGGGCGAUUCCAGAAGCACCGGAAAAUGAACGUGUCGCUUGAUUUAUCUAGUCCUAGAUUUAGUUUUUUUUCAAAUCAUAUCGUUUUUAUUUUUGUUGUUUGUUUGAAAAUAAAAUUUUAAUUGAUUUUG